AUGGGUUCUCCUCAGAGGGGCUCCACCUAUCAAACGGUCAAGACAAGUAAAACUGGGACUAAGGUAACAGUUUUAACACAGAAAGGGACUGAGAUAACUAGCACACAGCCUCAUCACGGACAUGGGUCCAUUGCUGCCAUGACCCAGCGAAGUGCUGUAAUCACCAUGAGCCCUCCCAUCCAUCGAAGAUCAGAACCUGGGCCUUCCAUCAUUCCCAGAGAUGAACAUCACUUUAGCCUCCCAGCAACCAGCUUCUCUGCAACACCCAUUCCUAAAGGAAUUGAGAGCCGAUCAAAAUCAGAUUCAUAUCAUCAUUCCUCUCUUCAGCGAAAGAUCCAGCAAACUCAGCCAACAUCUUCCAAUGCUGCUCAGAUGCAUCGGACUAGUAGUCCCCAAAGAGAGGAAUCCCCACGAAGAAGGGGAGAGAGCAAGGCAGGGCAUGACAUUAAUCGUUACUCAACCCCAGAUGCCAAAUCUUCUCGCCGGUUGAGUUUUGUAGACCAGAAGGAUAGUGUACAGAUCUCACCAGAAGACCCACCCUCCAAAGUGCAGUACCCACAAGGGGUCAGAGUUCCCCGUAGGCAUUUGGUUUGCCCAAAGGAUGAAGCAAUCCAAACUGAUCCCCCACGAAAGAGUAUAACUACUACUGUGGUCAGAUCUCAAAGGAAAGCCUCCAGUCCAACCCGCCCUUCUGCAGACACUCGGACAGCUCAGAGAAGGAGCCCUGACCAAGAGUAUGAAACGGCUUAUUACACCCGCACCUAUGCAGACUCUCGGACAGCUCAGAGAAGGAGCCCUGACCAAGAGUAUGAAACGGGUUAUUACACCCGCACCUAUGCAGACCCUCGGACAGCUCAGAGAAAGAGCCCUGACCAAGAGUAUGAAACGAGUUAUUACACCCACACCUAUGCAGACCCUCGGACAGCUCAGGGAAGGACCCCUGAACAGGAGGGUGAAGCGGGUUAUUACAGCCGCACCUAUGCAGACCCUCGGACAGCUCAGAGAAGGAGCCCUGAACAAGAAUAUGAAACGGGUUAUUACAGCCGCACCUAUGCAGACCCUCGGACAGCUCAGGGAAGGAGCCCUGACCAAGAGUAUGAAACGAGUUAUUACACCCGCACCUAUGCAGACCCUCGGACAGCUCAGAGAAAGAGCCCUGACCAAGAGUAUGAAACGAGUUAUUACACCCACACCUAUGCAGACCCUCGGACAGCUCAGGGAAGGACCCCUGAACAGGAGGGUGAAGCGGGUUAUUACAGCCGCACCUAUGCAGACCCUCGGACGGCUCAGAGAAGGAGCCCUGAACAAGAGUAUGAAACGGGUUAUUACAGCCGCACCUAUGCAGACCCUCGGACAGCUCAGAGAAGGACCCCUGAACAGGAGGGUGAAGCGGGUUAUUACACCCACACCUAUGCAGACCCUCGGACAGCUCAGAGAAGGACCCCUGAACAAGAGGGUGAAGCGGGUUAUUACAACUCAGUUUAUGUAGAACACAAGCCGUCGCAGAGGAACAAGAAAAUAGAAUCAUCCCUCAGACUCUCUGUCCUUAAAGAUUUGGAAGGUAGACACCGAGUUUCUAUGCGUGUAGACCCUGAGUCUGUCCAGCAGCAGUCUGCCCACACUGAAACAAAGCCCUCCCAAAAAGUGUCAGCAGAAGUGGAGGACAACAUGAAGUGCCCAAUACGAGUAGAUAACGAGGUCUACCGCAGAGUCACCAUAUGCCCAGGAGCACAGCCAGCCCACCGUGUGACACCUCGGACAGUGUCUGAGAGCCCCCACAAAUCUCCUGAGCCUGUCUAUAAGGAGCGUACCCCGAAACCCUCAGAAAGUGUCUACAUGUCCUCAGCACCCUCCCCAAGUCACUCUGUUCAUGCAAAAGUGGAACUGACCCCUCGCCCCUUACCCCCUCGGUCCUUACCUAAGUAUGGGCCUGACUGCUCAUGGUGGCCCUUACUCAAUCCUGACAUUGAAAUGCCUCAAAGCCGGCCAACAACACCUGAUUUCGAGCCUAAAUCCCCACUUCCCGUAGACUAUUCAUUGUCCUUUUUUGAAAUGGACUCAAGCACUUUCUGUGACGAUCUGUUCCAGCAAGAGAAGGCAAGUCCAUCACCACCACCAGCACCAGCAACACCACCACCACCACCACCAUCACAAUCACCAACGGAGCCUCCAAGCUGGGCACGAUUGAGGGAAGUGCCAGAGGCUCCCAAGCACACCUCCAAACAACCCAUUCAAAGGUUUAGUGCUUUCUUUUUGGAUGUCUCUGAGGAAAUGUACAAUCGUGUCAUCUGGUGGCUAAAAGAUGAGGAGAUCAAGCGCUUCCUGGAGGAAUCCGAUGAUAUAAAUCUGAACAAGUUCGUGAAGGAUUUCCCAGGAGAUGAAAGCGGCCACCAACCAGAGGCCAAGACCUGGGCGUCCAGGCCCCAAGUGCCGGAGCCCAGGCCCCAAGCCCCGGACCUCUACGAAGAUGACCUGGAUUUGAAAACCUCCAUGUGGCCCCACCCCUCUGACAGCCAGCAGUACUACUCUGCCUCAGCCCCUCUCAGCCCCUCAGCCUCAGCCCGGCCCCACAGCCCGUGGGGCAAGCUUGAUCCCUAUGACUCCUGUGAGGAUGACAAGGAGUACGUGGGCUUUGCGACCCUCCCCAAUCAAGUUCACCGCAAAUCCGUGAAGAAAGGCUUUGACUUCACCCUCAUGGUGGCAGGAGAAUCUGGCCUGGGGAAAUCCACUCUCGUCAACAGCCUCUUCCUCACGGAUCUCUACAAGGACCGGAAACUCCUCAGCGCUGAAGAGCGGAUCAUGCAAACUGUGGAGAUCACUAAGCAUGCAGUAGACAUAGAAGAGAAGGGCGUGAAGCUGCGGCUCACCAUUGUGGACACACCAGGUUUCGGGGAUGCAGUCAACAACACAGAGUGCUGGAAGCCUGUGGCAGAAUACAUCGACCAGCAGUUUGAGCAGUAUUUCCGAGACGAGAGUGGCCUGAACCGCAAGAACAUCCAAGACAACAGGGUGCACUGCUGCCUGUACUUCAUCUCACCCUUCGGCCACGGGCUCCGGCCACUGGAUGUUGAAUUCAUGAGGGCCCUGCAUCAGCGGGUCAACAUCGUGCCUAUCUUGGCUAAGGCGGACACACUGACACCUUCUGAAGUGGAGCACAAGAAAUCCAAAAUCCGGGAGGAGAUAGAGCACUUUGGAAUCAAGAUCUACCAGUUCCCAGACUGUGACUCUGAUGAGGAUGAGGACUUCAAAUUACAGGACCAAGCCCUAAAGGAAAGCAUCCCAUUUGCUGUCAUUGGCAGCAACACUGUGGUAGAAGCCAGAGGGCGACGAGUCAGGGGCCGUCUCUACCCUUGGGGCAUCGUGGAAGUGGAAAACCCAGGGCACUGCGACUUUGUGAAGCUGAGGACAAUGCUGGUGCGUACUCACAUGCAGGACUUGAAGGAUGUGACGCGAGAGACACACUAUGAGAACUACCGGGCACAGUGUAUCCAGAGCAUGACCCGCCUGGUGGUGAAAGAACGGAAUCGCAACAAAUUGACUCGAGAGAGUGGUACCGACUUCCCCAUCCCCACUGUCCCACCAGGGACAGAUCCAGACACUGAAAGGCUGAUUCGUGAGAAAGAUGAGGAGCUGCGGCGGAUGCAGGAGAUGCUGCACAAAAUCCAAAGACAGAUGAAGGAGACCCAUUAG